CCACCCCAGCCCGCAUCCCGGGGCACCAGGAGAGCGGCUGCAGCAGGGGGAACCUGGAGCCCCAGCCAGCGGGCGCCGCUAGCCAGGCUGCAGCAUCCCCGAGCCGGCGCGCGGCUCCGCAGCUCCCCGCGGGUCUCGGUGCAGCAGGAUCCCCCCGAUGGCCGGCCGCCUGGCGUGCUGGCUGCUGCUCUGGGCGCUGGGGCAGGGGGGCUGCCACACGCUCCCCGCGGAGGAGGAAAGUGCCAGCCGCAAGCCCAGGCCCCCCGCGGCUCCCCUGGCCAUCGCCUCCCGCAGCAGGGACCCCCCGGGGGGCUCUUCGCCUUCCCCGGCGCUGGGCAGCCUCGCUCAGGACGCGGUAGCUGUCCACAUGCUUAAACUCUACGAGAAGUACAGCCGCGAAGGCAGCCGGCCUGGGGACGGCAACACGGUGCGCAGCUUCAAAGCCAGGCUGGACCUAUUGGACCAGAAGCCCCUGUACUGCUUCAAUCUAACAUCCAUGCAGGACUCAGAGUUGAUUCUCACUGCCACAUUCCACUUUUACUCGGACAAGCGCCCCCGGCACCGGGAAGUGUUCUGCAAACGCUCCAAGAACUCGUCCUGCCGCCUCCUCCAUUUGCCCCAGAUCCCACGGCUCAGCCUCAUUUUCCGAAGCAUUCUCCAGAACUCCGCCUAUGGGCUGGUGAAAGGCAAUGUCACAGUGUUCCUCCACAGGCGAGGGGCUUGGCAGAUGAAGGACAUCUCCCACAUCAUAAAGGAAUCUAAACGGGAUGGUGAGCUCAUCCUCUGUGUGGAGCUUGACUCUGGAGAGAAAUACCAGGGCUUCCCCGAACAGCAAACCAAUCACUUACCGUACAUACUGGUUUAUGCUAAUGACCUGGCCAUAUCAGAACCCAACAGUGUGGCCGUCACUCUACAGCGAUAUGACCCGUUCCCUUCCAGUGAUGGGGAUCCCAGCCUAUCCUCCAAUGCUUCCACAGACACCCGGGUCAGGAGGGACAUAUUUCUUUCCAGCUCUAUCCAGAACAACGAGCUGCCAGAGGUGGAAUAUAACAACAACAAAUACAACAAACAUGACAUAUGGGAAAGUGCCUACAAGUCCCUAAAACCCAAAACCUCACGCAAGGACCGGAGGAGGAAAGGUCAAGAAAACACAGAGGUGCUCUCAAAAUCUCAGAUGCUAAAUUUUGAUGAGAAAACCAUGAAGAAAGCCAGACGAAAACAAUGGAACGAGCCCAGGAUUUGCUCUAGAAGAUACAUGAAAGUGGACUUUGCCGACAUUGGCUGGAAUGAAUGGAUCAUAUCUCCCAAGUCAUUCGAUGCAUAUUACUGUGCUGGGGCUUGCGAGUUUCCAAUGCCCAAGAUUGUCCGGCCAUCGAAUCAUGCCACAAUCCAGAGCAUUGUAAAAGCCGUGGGAAUCAUUCCAGGCAUUCCCGAACCAUGCUGCGUUCCUGACAAGAUGAACUCCCUCAGCGUCCUGUUCUUAGACGAGAACAAAAAUGUUGUUUUAAAGGUGUACCCCAAUAUGUCUGUGGAGACCUGUGCCUGCCGAUAAGUCUAUGCCAAUGCUCCUUUAAGGAGACCAGCGCCCCCUGCCCAGCUACACUGGGAAAGUUGUGAAUGGGAAAUCAAUUGGCCUGUGUUUAUGAAUGAAUGCAGGUCUACAACUCCAUCCACAGAAAGAAUGAGGAGACUCUAAAGUAAUACACAAGCUCCCCUCAAAAGAUCUCCCUUAAUGUCAUCGUGUGUCUUGCAAAUUAACAGGGAUUCAUCAGCCAGAAAUCGCCCACUUUAAAAAACAAACAAACAAACAAACAAAACCUGGCCUGCUAAGAAAUCUGAUAUUUAGUGUAAUCACUUCUACUUAAACAGUUUGCCAUAAACUGAGGACUAAGCUACAUUUGUAUGUGCUAUUUUCCUGACUGUUUUAUCUCUUCAGCUAACCAAGAAGGUGAAAAAUGGACUCUGCAAAGGCAGGCUUACUCUAGAAUCAUAUUUUUUGUACAAAAAUUGUAAUUUUUGUUUUGCCUAAACACUCACUUAUACCUUUUAAUCCACAUAUUUAUACUGAAAAAGAAUGCUGUAAUAAAAGGCUUAAUAUGUACAUUUUUCUUUGGGAUUCAAAUGUAGUGUACUGUAUAAGCUUUUAUAUAUACAGUAUGUUAAUAUAACCACUUUUGGUUACCUUUCCCUAAUAUAUAUUUUACAAAAGACGUAUGUAACUCCUUCCCACAGUCACUUGUUUGCUGGUUAAUUUCAGAUUGUUAAACAUAUAUAUUCUCUGAAUAACACAAACUAUAUAGUAAUAUGUUUAAAUACUAAAAAUAACCAAGAUUUAUAUUUUUGUAAGUUAUACUUUAUAUCCUCUAGAUCGAUUGUUAAAUGCUUUUAACAAAAGCUAAAUAAAUUAAAGGUACAGUAGUAUCUAAACUAGUUAAAAUGGUUCUCUAAAUCUCAUGCAGGUUUCAUAUCUCUAAAUAUAGAUCAUUGCAUUGUGCUAAUUGGAAGGAAAUCAAAGUUAUCUUACUUGGAAAAGCCUAGUUAUGCUUGUCAUAAUAAUUUUUAUUAGCUUAAACUAGAAGGGACUGUUAUGAUAAUCUCUUCUGGCCUCCUUCAUAAUGCAGGCCGGAGAACCUGACCCAGUAAUUUCUGCAUCAAACCCAUAACUUCUGUUUGGAGCUAGAGUGGGUCUUUGAAAGAUAUCUAAUCUUGAUUUAAAGCCUUCAAAUGAUGAAGAAUCUAUCCUCUCCCUAGGUAAGUUGUUCCAAUUGUUAUUUCCCCCCUCCAACCCCCCGUUAAAACUGUGCCUCAUUUCUAGUCUGAAUUUGUCCAGCUUCAAAUCACUGGCUCUUAUGCCUUUUUCUCCUAGAUAUAAGAUGUCUACUAUCAGAAGUUUCUUCCAUGUAGGUACAGUAGAACCUCAGAGUUACGAACACCAGAGUUACGAACUGACCAGUCAACCACACACCUCAUUUGGAACUGGAAGUAUGCAGUCAGGCAGCAGCAGAGACAAAAAAAUAAAUAAAUCUAAAUACAGCACAGUACUGUGUUAAAUGUAAACUACUAAAAAAAUAAAUAAAGGGAAAGCAGCAUUUUUCUUCUGCAUAGUAAAGCUUCAAAGCUGUAUUGAGUCAAUGUUCAGCUGUAUAUUUUUGAAAGAUUAAUCAUAAUGUUCAGUGAUACGAACAACCUGCAUUCCUGAGGUGUUCGUAACUCUGAGGUUCUAUUGUACUUGUAUACCAUGAUCAGGUUACCUCUAACCAUUCUCUUGGCUAAACUAAAUAAAGUUUCUUUAGUUUCUCACUAA